AUGUACCAUACGGCGGAGGCUCUGUUCACGUGUGGGCUGGGAUUUGUUCCGAAACCCGCAUUGAGUGUAGUGGUGGUGAUAGAAAAUGUAACUUUAACUGCAGAAACAUGUGACAUAUCCACUGAUAUUCUAACUGACUACUUUGGUCCAUUUUUGUGGAAAUGGGCGAGAAUGCCGCCAUUGAGCAGGCAAGGGACGAACUGGGACGACGUGUACGUCAGCGGAAUCCGCCGCCAAUCGCGCCAUGUCAAA